UAUGACUGAAAACGAAAGGAAGACAGAACUUCUAUUUAUAUACCUUGUACCAGUAACAACUUCCUUGGGUGUAAAGUAAUCUGUCUGGUGAAUCACUUUUACCUGAAUCACCCUUCAGAGAUCAACACCGAUCUGUCAUUAAGUGAACUAACUAAUAUAGAACCAUAUAACUUGGACGUUUUUUGUUCUGCAGUAUUGUGCAUUGACACACUUAUUUGUGGUCAGGGAGGGAAUUCCUUAAAAUUGGGGAGGAUAUGGCCAUGUGGAGAAGAGAUUACUUUACUACUUCUGCUGUGGCACGAAGAAUGGGUCUAUCAGGGCCACGGAAUGGCAGAUUCUACAUCAUGUACCACGGCACGUCUUGGUGGGCUGCACAGAAAAUCAUGGCCAAAGGUUUUUGUCCGUCCAAACGUGGCAUGUUGGGGCAGGGUGUGUAUCUAAGCCGGGACCUGGAGAAGGCUAGUAGAUACCCCCUGGACCUCACUGAAUACCAGAAGGUUGUCAUCAAAGUUAAAGUCAAUGUGGGCAAGGUGAAAAAAAUAGACCGCCAAGGCCACCCUUUGCAGAAGACAUGGCAUGACGAAGGUUACGACUCAGCCUGGGUUCCUCCUAACUGUGGCAUGGUGAAGAGUGCUUUAGAAGAGACCUGUGUCUGGGACCCAAACCGCAUUACUGUUUUAGACACUUUCAAAUCAAAAACAGAACCCACCUUACAAAGUGAGGACACUGAUGAGGAAGAGGAGGGGGAGGAUGAAGAGGACACUGAGGAGGAGGAAGAGGAGGAAGAGGGGGUGGAGGGAGAGGAGGAGGAUUAUGAGGAAGAGGCGGUUGAUGAAGAGGAGGAGGAGGAUUUUGAGAAAGAAGGGGUGGCGGGAGAGGAGGAAGCAGAUGGGAACACUGAGGAGGAGGAGGAGGAGGAUGAGGAGGGAGAGGGAGUGAAGGAGGAGGAAGCAGAUGGUGACACUGAGGAGGAGGAGGAUGAGGAGGGAGAAGAAGAGGAGGAAGCGGAUGGGGACACUGAGGAGGAGGAGGAGGAGGAGGAGAAGGGAGAAGAAGAGGAGGAAGCGGAUGGGGACACUGAGGAGGAGGAGGAGGGAGAAGAAGAGGAGGAAGCGGAUGGGGACACUGAGGAGGAGGAGGAGGGAGAAGAAGAGGAGGAAGCGGAUGGGGACACUGAGGAGGAUUAUGAAGAAGAGGAGGUGGAGGGAGAGGAGGAUUAUGAGGAAGAGGAGGAGGACUCAUGGUGAAGAUAAGCAGGCUAUUCUAUGAACUCAGUGGUGUUUUUAAUACAUCUACUCUCUCUCUCUCUCUCUCUCUCUCUCUCUCUCUCUCUCUCUCUCUCAGGCUGAGGGACAGAAGUCACCAUCAUUGUAAAAUGUUAGCUAAUUUGUUGUUUUGGGAAAGUAAUUUCUGUAGAUGUUUACUUACGUUAAUGUGAUUAAUUUACAUGUGUCCCACAGGUGUGAGACAUGAUAAUGCACAUGAUUAGGGACAUUCGUUUUUUUUCCUGACCACAAUGGCCUGACCAGGAAAAACUCCAGGCUCUGGUUAUGAUACACAUAUUUUGGGGCCCAGAGUUGUUCCUGGUGAGGUACAUCAUACUUGAUAUAAGUAGAAAGAAGACUGCAAGUGCUUCACAUGUACUGUAUAGCCAGAGGAUAAUAAACAUGUUUUUGUACUUGCUGACCUUUGGUGGUAAAGCUAUUACCAUGCUGACAUCAGACAUAAAUAUAACAACCAUAGAAAUAUGGCUGAAAACAAAGCUAAGCCUGUCGACUAUCUACGUAUUCAGACAUUAUACUGUGUGUUACAAUCUAGCCAGACAGGGUAUUAUUCAUACAAUCAUAAGACAACAAAUACAACACACAACAUUAUUCAACCCUUCUCCAUCCUUGCACAGUGGGGGAGCUGUAUAACACAUACUCACACAGACACACACACAAACACACACACACACUGCAGCAACAUGUCCAGCCCUGGUCUGUUAAUCUGUGUGGUCAUCCUCUAAGGUCAGGGCUGACACACAUCUCCAGCACUGCUGACAGAGCUUUCCUCAGUGUGCUGUUACCAAAACGUCUGUGUGUGUGUGUGUGUAUGUGUGUGUGUUUGUUUCCCAAUGUGUGUGUGUGCCUACUAGCUCACCCACCAGCACCGCACACAGACGGCCUGUCACCACACAGCACCGCCAAAUCCCCUUGUAUACCUACCCCUGUCUCCCUCCUCUCCCUGGCUGGCUAACGGGUUGUCUCCCUUUCCACCCCCAACUCACCCAUCUCCACUGCCUGGCUUCCUCACCUGUUAAGACUGUCUCCACACAGGAACGAUGAGGGAACAUGGCGUCCUUGAUGAAAAUGCAUAUUCUGACACCCGCAUUGACGGAUAUUGUGGCCUUACCAAUACAGAGGCAAUCAGACACAGACACACACACAUUUUGUUCUUCUAUCUUCAUGGGGAUUGUCAUGACGUUGGCCUGGCGGGUAGGUUUAUGACAGUCAUAAAUACCUCUUCCCCUCUUUUUCCUCUCUCUACCCUACUGCUGUUACAUUUGCAAAACCCUUGGUUAACAUAGAGAUUCUGGGAACAUCAGAAGGUCGGGGGAAAUGAACUAUAUUCUGGUAAUCUGAACAAUUGAACAUAUGCAGUGGUACUUAAUGAAUAUGAUGUCUGUUCGGUUGUCAUCUGAGACAUUCUCAUCAAUAAUAAGAUGACAUAAACUCUACAGUGGAAAGUCUACACAUCAGAGUUAUCGGAUUCACAUGGAAUUGUUGUUCAAUUUAAAUGUUUGAAUAUGGAAUUAUUUGUGAUGGGAUGAAAUGUGAUUUUAGCUUCUAAAAUGUGAGAUGUGGGUUUUCAUAAGAUAGGGCUGCUCAAUCAGUAGCCCACCCCUGUGAAGGGACAUGGGCUAUAAAACCUUCUCUCCCUUCCUAUAUAAGCCUUUGACGACAAUAGAAGUUCCUGUUCCGGGGAUGUAGGACGACGAUCCGAUGUCAGAAUGGUUCAGAUAAUAACUACAGAACGAAGCCAACAUCAGCGUGAGCUUUAGUUGCGAAUGGUAUGAACUUUGAACUCUUGUUCACUACAGAAGUGAUACCUCCUAGCCGUUGAGUUAGCAAUCACAGCUGCAAACGCAGGUUAGGAAGGAACCGACAGAGUAUGCCGUCUACCACACAAUGACGUUACUACAACGUAUCCAAUUGACAACCAGAGACAUUAUUCAAAGGACUCGGUUGGGCAACACGGCCUUCCAUCUACCACCAACCUACAGAAGCACAGCUCAGAGUAAAUAUUUAUUGCAUUUUCCUUUUCCAAAUGGGUGGUAAUUUAGAAUGCAUAAGAUACUGUAUUUACGAUAGCACAGCUUCGCCCUUCGUUCCUCAGUCUUCCCGAUCUUUCACUCAACCCAGACCCUUUUCUUUUGUGUAACAAGCUGUCAUAUCUGUUCCGCCCGCUGGGGACGUUUUCCUUUAUGAGGUAAUUUGUAAUCAAGUUAUGAUUUAAUUAUGUGUAUGUGUAAUUCUGUGUGAUUAGUUAUGUAUUUUGUAAAUAAAUGAUUAAACCCAA